AUGGAGGUUGCGGAGAGCAGAGAGACCGCCCCCGCUGCGACGCCUGCGGGGGCAUCGGCCCCGGUCGCCAAUGGCGACGAGAACAUCAUCCCAGAAGAUGUUCUCAUUGAUGAUGGCCGCUCGAGCAGUCUGAGUGACAUUGACUAUGUCUCUGACCAGGAACCCUCCGAUGAGGAACCUCCAAAGCCGGAAAAGGGCCCUGGUGAGGUCGACUCGGAGGCCGAAACGGAGCGGAUAGAGGAUUCUCCGAACAAUCUCCGCCUGCGACGCGAUAUCGUCGUGAGUGCAAGUGGAUACGGGAACAGUCCUAGCAAACUGGCGCAAUCGACUACAUACGAUGAUGUGGAUGACGAUGGGCAUCCUGCAGAAGACUCGCCUAGCAAAGUCAGGCGUUCUUCCCGGAGCAACGGUCUUACCGGGCAGGCGGAGCAAUUAUCUGCUCCAGAAAGCUCACAUCUGCCGGAGCCUGCUGGCAAGAAACGUAAACGUUUCGAGUCUGGAGACGACACCGGCACGGAUCAGGGUGAGCAAGAGCCUCUUCGAAAGCGGCAAAGCUCCUUGAAGAGCGGCGCAGCGGAAGCGACCCUCGAAGAGACUCCCCUGUCACCAGAACCGACCGAAGAGACCAUCAAAGUCAAUGAGAUGUCUAAUGAGGGUACUCCUCUUGCCGAGGAGGCCCAAGAGCUCGAGGUGCCCGUGGCGCCCACCAGAGGCAAGAAGGGCAAAAAGGGCAAACGGAAGGGGAGAAAGGCCAAAGACGUGGAUGAAGACACAGAAAUUGGUGGGCCUGUCGAAGCUGGCGCUGAGGGUCUUGUCGAUGACCACGUCCCAGAUGAAGAAGAAGGGGCUGGAGGUGUCGAAGAACCGGAAGACGCAGAAGCUGUUGCAAAGGCAGAGGAAGAGUCAGCAAAGAAGAUGUCCGCUAUGGAUUCUCUGGUGGUUCUGGAGAAGGAGUUCGCGACGCUGCGCGAUCGAAUAUACGACGAGAGGAUCGCGAAACUCAAUCAAGAGCUGGAACAGCUGACUGGGCCAAAUCCUACCCAUCCCGAAUUCCUGCGUCAACUUGAAAGCGUGAGACGUUACCGCGAUGCCAAGAUCAAAUACGAGAGCACUCUGUUUCAGUACAGGCUCAAGUCGCUGUUGAACAAGAGUUUGGCCGAGCGUGCGCAAACACAUAGUACCUUUUUCCAGCGUGUUAGGGACGUGCGUGAGAGACAUUCUAGUGCUGUUAGCAAGCAGUUCUAUGCCAUUCAGCAUGACCGCUUCAAGACGGAGGACAUCAGUCCACAUCAUUACAUCCCCUUUCCCACCCGCCGGUCACAGCAGAUUGCGCAACAAACUGCGUAUAAUCAAGAGGUUUCUGUCCUCUCCGGAGUUGCCAAAUAUGUUGGCUUUCCUGCUGCGCCGUCAUUGGCUGCGGCGCGCCCAUCGGAGAUCGAGGAGGACUUUGAGAAGAUGGGGAUUUCGACCGAGACUAGAAGCUCUCAGGUUCAUCCGUCAGGGUUCCCGCGGGGACUAAUGUCGGCAAUGCCGUCUGCCAUGGCCCGCACUGCUGCUGAAGAGGCCUUUCUGGAACAAACGCCCUGGGCUAAUCCGCAACAUCCAAUUCAUCAACAGCCAUCGCAGCAGAAGCAGCAGAGCAAGGCAUCUGAGCAGGCUCGCAUGUCUUCCUAUACAACUCCCGCUGGCCAAAAGCGUGUAGUGGACAUCCAUGCACCGAACGGAUCGGCAUCCACCAUUGCCGACCAUCAGUCUGCGGCCAACUCCUCCGCGGCGAAUACACCAUAUGGAACAGAACAGGAACCGCGACAGCAGGGCCACUUCAGUAAUCCCGACUACGAUUCUCUUGACAGGAAGUCGGGCUUCAGAUCGCUAAGUUCUUCGCCGUUGGACGUACGAAAACCUCACCUACACGCCAAUGCACCUGAUUCCGGGCCACGGAAUGUCGGUUACUCGCCCCCGUCAGCACGCCUUGGUUUGUUCAACACGCCCUCAAAAGGAGAGGGCUCACCUCCGCUUACGUCCAAAAACAUCAACGCCAUGCAUCAGUCGACAAGCAUCACGGCUAGUGCAGGCUCAAGUCGAAUGACAGCGCGAUGA